AUGGAAGCGAAGGGAAGAAGUUUGGGGAGUUCCCUUUUAGUGCCUAGUGUGCAAGAAUUGGCAAAGGAACCGCUUGUUGAGGUUCCUCCCCGAUAUGUUCGGGUCGAUCAUCAGGAGCAUCCAAUAUCAUCAUGUCUGCCAUCUUCUACACUACUAGAAGUACCUGUCAUAGAUAUGCAACUCUUACUCUCUAAAGAUUCAAGUAAUUUAGAAUUGGGAAGGCUACACCUUGCUUGUAAAGAUUGGGGUUUUUUUCAGAUGAUAAAUCAUGGGGUGAGUUAUUCGUUGUUGGAGAAGAUGAAAGAAGAAACACAAGAAUUUUUCAAUUUGCCAAUGGAAGAAAAGAAGAAGUUUUGGCAAGACGCAGGAGAUAUUGAGGGAUAUGGACAAGCUUUUGUUGUCUCUGAGGAACAAAAGCUUGAUUGGGCGGACAUGUUUUACCUGGUUACACUCCCUCAUGAAAUGAGGAAGCCUCACUUGUUUCCUAAGCUACCUCUUCCAUUCAGAGAUACCCUAGAAGCAUACUCAAGAGAAGUUAAGAACGUUACACUAAAAACUCUCAUCUUUAUUGCAAAAGCUUUGAAGAUGAAGGUUGAGGAUAUGAAAGUAUUGUUUGAUGAAGGUUUACAAUCUAUGAGGAUGAACUAUUACCCACCAUGUCCAGAACCUAAAAAGGUCAUUGGUCUUAGCCCUCACUCAGAUCAGCUUGGAAUCACCUUCCUGCUUCAAAUUAAUGAAGUAGAAGGUUUGCAGAUAAAAAAGGAUGGCAUUUGGAUUCCGGUCAAACCACUCCCUAAUGCAUUCAUAGUCAAUCUUGGGGACAUCAUAGAGAUUGUGACAAAUGGGCUAUACAAAAGCAUCGAGCAUAGAGCAAUAGUGAACUCUGAGAAGGAGAGGCUAUCCAUUGCCGCAUUUUUUGCCCCUAAAAUAGAUGCUGAUUUUGGACCGGUGCCAAGCCUAAUCACUCACGAGACACCACCAAAAUUUAUAAGGGUAUCUCUUGUGGAUUACUUCAAGAACUUUUUAUCUAGAGAACUUAAAAGCAAAAGUAACAUUGAGCAAUACUAUAUAUGAUUUGUUGUGUAUGAUCGUUUGAUGUAAUAACUUGUUCAUUUGUAUUGUUUUUGAAAUAAAGCAUUGUGUAACAUACUACUAUACCUAUAUUGUUUUGUAUUUCUAAAUAGGUUUUAAUAAUUCUAAAUAAGGAUGUGGACCAAACAGAGUGAUCUC